ACAAAUCUCAAUCACCUUCUGUCCAGAUCAGGCACGAAUUUUUCUGGCGAGACUCCAUUAAAGUUAAAAAAAACACCAGAUGGGAUCUACUGUCUACACCACCUGCGCCGAUCGUUGUUUCUCCCAUCGACAUUCUUUGUAGUUCACGAGUGGCACCCCCCCAUCAUCAUCUUUGGUCAGCUCUGUUCCAGAAAAAGCUCCAGUUUGAAGGGCGCGCAGAGGCUCAAGAUCGUCUUUUUGGCUCUGCCCUGAAGAUUUUUUCACUGUGGAAUGAUUGGAGCCAAAAGGCGGUUGAGGUUCAUAUAGUGUGGUAACAAAAUAUUGCUCUACCACAUGGCUUCAGGAAACAUUCGUCUAUUUGAUGUGCGGAAAUCACCAAACUACUGUUCAAGGCUUUCUUUAGUUGUGUUUGUUGCUUUUAGUUUAUUAGCAAUCUGGAUUUUCCUGCCAUCAUCUUCCACAUUUCCAGUUGAGAAUCCGAACUUACUAUAUCAAGAGAAUGAUAGUUUGGGACACAGAGUAAAUAAUGGAAGCUUGGGGAAUACUCAGAUUCAAAGCCAGGAUGUUCCAGAUGAUGAUAAAAGGACAGUUAAAAAGGGUUCAGAAGAUGCAGGUGAGCAAACCAAGGUUGAUUCUGCUAAGACACUGGAGACUGACCUGGAAGAGAAAAUAUCAGAAGAGAGCACUCCUGGGAAGACUUCCUCUGAGAAAACUUCUGACAAAUCUGAUAUGACUUCUGAAUUUGACAAUGAAACUGAGGAUGGACAGAUGAAUAACCAACACAAGAGCAAUGAGAGUAGAGAGAAAACAAAUAUGGGAAUGAGCAAUACUGAUGGAGGUCAAAAGGAUGGAGAGCAAACAUUGGCUGAUGAAGAAUCUGAUUUGAAUGAAAAGUUCAAUAGCUCAAAAGGAAAAGAUUCUGACAUAGAUGAUAGUGCCGAAAAACUGAACACUGAUAAUAGCUUAGAUGACGUUCAGCAGGACAAUAAAAAGGUCAACCAGAAUAGUGAGAGGGUCCAGCAAGAUCAAGACAAUAAUUCUGAACAACCUGCUGCUAACAAUAACCUAGGAAUCCAGGAAAGAACUCAGGAAUCUAAUAAUCAGUCUGAAAAUUUGGCUCAAACAACUGCUUCAGACGGCACUUGGUCAACUCAAGUGGUGGAGUCCCAAAAUGAGAAGCUGUCACAACAAGAUUCAAAGGAACAAAAUGACUACACCUGGAAAGUUUGUAACACCACGGCUGGGCCAGACUACAUCCCUUGCCUCGACAAUGUGUAUGUUGUUAGAAGGCUUCCUAGUACAAUGCAUUUUGAACAUCGAGAGAGGCACUGCCCUGAAGAUGCUCCUACGUGUCUUGUUCCUCUACCUGCAGGAUACAGGAAGCCAAUUCAAUGGCCCAAAAGCAGGGAUAAGAUAUGGUUCCACAAUGUUCCACAUACUGAGCUUGCUGUAGUCAAAGGACAUCAAAAUUGGGUUAAAGUUACUGGUGAAUAUCUUACAUUUCCUGGUGGUGGAACUCAAUUUAUUCAGGGUGCUCUCCACUAUAUUGAUAUGAUUCAAAAUGCAAAUCCUGCUAUUGCAUGGGGGAAGAGAAGCCGGGUGAUAUUAGAUGUCGGAUGCGGUGUAGCCAGUUUCGGAGGUUAUUUAUUUGAAAGGGAUGUUCUUACAAUGUCUUUUGCUCCCAAAGAUGUGCAUGAAGCUCAAGUUCAAUUUGCACUUGAACGUGGUAUUCCAGCCAUACUUGGGGUUAUGGGAACCAAGAGGCUACCAUUUCCCGGUGGUGUUUUUGAUGUUAUCCACUGUGCCCGCUGUAGAGUCCCUUGGCAUAUUGAAGGUGGCAAACUUCUCUUGGAGCUCAACCGUGUCCUACGACCAGGUGGUUACUUUCUUUGGUCUGCUACUCCAAUUUAUCGAAGGGACCAAGAAGACAUUGGCAUUUGGAAAGAAAUGUCCAAACUGACUAUGGCUAUGUGCUGGGAUCUUGUCAUGAUUAAAAAGGACAAACUGAAUAAAGUCGCCAUUGCAAUGUACAGGAAACCAACAUCUAAUGAGUGCUAUGAAAAGAGACCACAAAAUGAGCCUCCACUCUGUGAUAAUUUCGAUGAUCCUAACUCAGCUUGGAAUGUGACGCUGCAAGCCUGCAUGCAUAAAGUGCCUGUGGACAUGUCAAAGCGUGGGUCCAAUUGGCCUGAGAAAUGGCCAAUACGUUUAGAAAAACCACCAUACUGGCUGAAUGAACUCGGAGUAUAUGGCAAACCGGGCCAAGAAGAUUUUACUGCUGACUACGAGCACUGGAAAGAUAUUGUCUCCCAAACAUAUAUGAAUGGCAUUGGUGUCAGUUGGUCUUCUAUCAGGAAUAUCAUGGAUAUGAGAGCUGUAUAUGGAGGGUUUGCUGCUGCCCUCAAAGACUUGAAAGUUUGGGUGAUGAAUGUAAUCCCGAUUGAAUCUCCUGACACACUUCCUAUAAUAUAUGAACGAGGUUUAUUUGGCAUGCACCAUGAUUGGUGUGAAUCAUUUAACACCUACCCAAGAUCUUAUGAUCUUCUCCAUGCAGAUAAUCUCUUCUCCAGUCUCAAAAAGAGGUGCAACUUGAUGCCAGUUUUUGCAGAAGUUGAUCGGAUUCUGAGGCCAGAAGGAAUUCUCAUUGUCAGGGAUAAUGCGGCAACUAUAGCUGAGAUUGAGAGUAUUGCUAAAUCUCUGCAAUGGGAUGUCAGAUUCACAGACUCGAAAGACAAUGAGGGGUUGCUCUCUGUUCAGAAGACAUUUUGGCGUCCUUUAGAUGUGGAAACAAUUACUUCAGCAAUUGCCUAAACACACUAUUGGUGUCAGUUUUUUCAGAAGUUAGUAGCCAUUUUGCCGGCGUAGGCUCACAAGCACAUAUACUAAACAUCACAUGCUGAAUUUGGAUAAUAUGAGAGCCAAGCAAGGUGUUUUGGUGACUUGGGCAUGUACAAGAGCACCAGCUGUUGCUGUAAUUUCUUCACAGGUGGCACCUGUAAAUGAGAUUUUAGGACUGCCAUUUCACAAGAUGGACCACACGCGAAAUUCAUGUCUGGACACUAUUGUUGGUGUUGUAAGAAUUGGUAAGAAAUGCAUGGUUCUGUCAGCUCUUUCAGGAGAGAUUACUGUGAUUGAGAGGUCACGGUGGGGAUGGGGGCUAGCAUUUUGAGAUUGAUAGGCUUUCGGUAUAUAACAGAUACCUCGGUUUUCGUUGUCCAUUGCUGAUUUUCAUCAUCUUUUUAUUUUUCAUUC